CCCUCAGGGUUGAGCUGAGAUCCUGAAGAUAGUAAUUUCUUUUUUUUAUUUCUUUUUUUGUUGUUGUUGUUGUUGUUUUAUUUUGAUUUUUUUCUCUGCUCUCGGUGCUUCCGAAGCGCCUGUAAGAUUUGCAGAGAGAGAGAGAGAGAGACUGGGGGAGGAGGAAUUAAGGAAAGGGAAAAGAUGGCGAGUUGCUGGAGCAGUGUGGAGAAAGCGGCAUUUUUGUGCUGCCUUUUGCUGGCAAUGGGGAGUCUCAUCUGCUGCGCCCGGCCGGCAGAGGAGGAAGAGCAAGAAGAGCAGCGCUCCUGUCACGGUGCCUUUGAUCUCUACUUCGUCCUGGAUAAAUCUGGAAGUGUCAAAAAUCAUUGGACUGAGAUUUACUCCUUUGUGGAAAGCCUAGCUGAGAAAUUCAUAAGCCCAAUGCUGCGGAUGUCCUUCAUUGUGUUCUCUUCACGGGGCACUACGAUCAUGAAGCUGACAGAGAACAGGGAAGCCAUAAGACGAGGACUCGACAUUCUUAAGGAAGAAUUGCCUGGAGGAGACACAUUCAUGCAUGAAGGAUUUAAAAGGGCAAAUGAGCAGAUUUACCAUGAGACCUAUGGAGGAGUUCGGACCGCCAGCGUGAUCAUUGCCCUGACGGACGGCGAGCUGCAAGACGCUCAGUUCUAUUAUGCAGAGCAAGAAGCCAACAGAGCCAGAAGCUUUGGAGCUACUGUUUAUUGUGUUGGAGUGAAAGAUUUCAAUGAAACUCAGCUGUCAACGAUUGCUGACAGCAUCGAUCAUGUUUUUCCAGUUAAAGGAGGCUUUUAUGCCCUAAGAGGAACCAUUGAUUCAAUUCUGAAGAAGUCUUGCAUUGAGAUCCUGGCAGCUGAACCAUCCAGUGUUUGUGCAGGAGAAUCCUUUCAAGUUGUGGUGAGAGGCAACGGCUUUUAUCAUGCGAGAAACAUCGACCAGGUGCUCUGCAGCUUCAAGCUCAAUGACAGCCUUACUAUCAGUGAAAAGCCAACUUAUGUUCAUGAUACAUACUUGCUUUGCCCUGCCCCCGUGAUAGAAGAUGCUGGACAGGUGGUUUUCCUACAAGUCAGCAUGAACAACGGGCUAACGUUCAUCUCCAGCUCUGUCAGCAUCACCAGCACACAUUGUCUGACUGGGACCAUCCUUUUCAUUGCUCUUCUGAUUCUCUUUCUGCUGCUGGCUCUGGCUCUUCUGUGGUGGUUUUGGCCCCUUUGCUGCACAGUGGUGAUCAAGGAGCCACCUCCACCACCACCUCCAGAGCCUGACUCAGAUGAUGAAGAUGGAUUGCCAAAGAAGAAGUGGCCAACCGUGGAUGCAUCUUAUUAUGGAGGCCGAGGUGUUGGUGGGAUUAAGAGGAUGGAGGUGCGAUGGGGAGACAAGGGGUCGACAGAGGAAGGAGCAAAAUUGGAGAAACCCAAAAAUGCUAUUAUUAAGUUGCCAGAACAGGAGUAUGAACCGUGGGAACCCAAGCCAAAGAAGCCCCAUGUGAGAAAACCACCUUCCCAGCGAAAAUGGUACACUCCAAUCAAGGGUAAACUUGAUGCCCUGUGGGCUUUGGUUCGACGAGGCUAUGACCAAGUCUCUCUUAUGAGACCACAGCCUGGGGAUAAGGGAAGAUGCAUAAACUUCACCCGUGUGAAGUCAGAUGGGACCUCUGCCCCUUACAGCCCACCGCCGAAGCUGCCCUUGCGCGACAACGCUCCCCUCAACAACGCUCCAAGGAGCCCUUCCUCUCCUGUGUCUCUGCAGCCUCCUUCCAGGCAGCCACCUCCUGGGCCACCUCCAUCCCGAGCCCCUCCUGGACCUCCUCCUUCACGCCCACCCCCGCAGCCCAUGGCUUAGAGUGCAGCAAAACCUGAUCGACACAACACGUCUCUUUGCUGAACACAGCAUAUUUAUUGAGUAUUGGUUUACAGUUAAAGAUAACAGAAUUUGUUGCUGGUCAGCAAAAAGAAAAAAAAAAGAAAAAGGGAAAAAAAUAUUGCCAAGUGUCAAUUUUAGUGUAUGAAUAUAUUUAUACCACACGUGCUGAGUAAACAUUCAGUGGAAAGAUUCAGAGCUAUGGGGUAUAGAAACAAACCAAAAUGAUCAUCUAGAUACAGUAGCAGCUUUUCUGUGUAUACUUUUGGAGUGUAUUUAGCUAGGACAGUUGUCUGACUUGGUGUGUCAGAUCAUUCAUUAAUAACUUUAGCCGGUACUCGUGCAUCAGUGGCUUCGAUAGCUGCCGCCUACAAGUUGGUUCAACAUAGCUCAUUGAGGAAUUUGCUUUUUUUUUUCCCAACAGUACUGCAUCCAGAUGUUAAUAUGGAUCAACAGUUUCAAAGAUAACUUUCUGCCUUUGGUUCUGCAGGUGGAAUUUCCAUGGAAGUUUUAAGGGGUCUAUAACAGUCAUGAGAUAACAUAAGACUAUGUGCCAAUAAUCUAGCUCAAUAAUCUAUCAUAGAAGAGGGAUAUAUUUUUUCCCCUAGAAAAAUCAGUUUUGAGCCUGCUAUCUCUGAAUACGUUUAGACGUGGUUGCAUAGGACAACCACUGAAAGUGAGAUACUUCAUCUAGAAAUCCAGAUUUUGUAUAAGACUUGAGUGCAUAUUUGUCCAAAGUUCAGAGGAAUUUUGAGAAAGCUAAAUACCAAUUGACUUGGUGUUUAGCUUUCAUUUAUAGAAAGUGUAGUCCAAAAGGAAGCAAACAUACAUGGAAUUUGAGCACAGAUGCUGUAGUAAGCAAACAGAAUGUGUUAUUUAUAUCAGCAGCAUUGAGGGACUGAUUCUAUUGCUAUUUGAUUGGAUAAAUUUCCUUUUGAUCUUACUGCCUAGAAGAAUUCGAUCCUUUUGUGAUUAAAACAUAAAUUCCUCUUUAAGUAGCUAUUUCUUUAGACAGUUCAGAUCCCACUAAUAUGUAACCCUGCAGUCUACCUGUGGCUGAGAGGCAUGGUGUGAAGAGUGAGCAUGAGCUUUUAUCCCUGUUUUACAUGCUUGGCUGCUCUCCCAUGCCCUCAAUUUGGGUGUCACCAGAAGGGGAUGUGAGCGCCCACACAGGGGUGGGAAUUUCUGACGCGGGACUGGGGGCCAGCCCAUUAUUAGUGUUCACUGAGCAAUAUCUGAGUGGGUUGUGCCCAGAGCAUUCCCUAGUGAAUCAAAAUAACACCUGAGCUUGCUUUUUCUCCACCACUACCUAUUGUAUUGGAGAGGGAACCUAUGCUGGUCUGCUUUGGCACUGGCUGUGUUUUUAGGAUAGUUGUAGAAAUAAUGAUACUGCAUUAUGUUGCAUUAUGACACAGCAUAUACCUAUUUCUCCAUCUGUGUGUGGGUGUGUAACACAUCACAGGAGUUAUUGGCACAUAAGUCUAGGAUAAAACACUAACUGUAUUGUGCAGUUGCUCCAGAUUUAAGACCUUUUCAUGCAGUUGUUACAGGCAUAUAAAGUUGUACUGGCACAAACAGAAAUCAAGCUUAAUGUUUCCAGUGGAAGGCCCACUUGCAGAAUACCACCAAGCUCUCAUCAGUCUAUGCUGAUCACUGUGACAUGCCGUAUGUAUGCAGCUGAGGCUGUCAAACAUGACUCAGAAGAACCACAGAGCCUCUUUCUCCUCUUGCACUGCUCUGCUCUCUUGAGCUUAGCUCUUACCUCAUGUAUAUUGGUGCAGGUAGUGGAAUCAUGGUUGUGAGUGCCAGCUGGCCUUGGAGCUGUUCCUAAUUUAGGCCAGAGCCAGCAAAGCAUUUCUGCAUGUGUUAAAAUAUCCUGCAGGUCAAGAGAAACUUCCUUAUGCCCAAGUGCUUUGCUGACUUGUGACUUCAUUGUGAUCAGAAAGGAGAAUUGGGAUGCACUCAACCCUAUCCUCAUUCUUUUUAGACACUUGAAUAGGGUCUGCAUAAUUUGGUUCAUGAGAAUGGAUUUCUGUUUGGAGGGGAAAGAAGAGUAUGUGUGUGUGUGUGUGUGUGUGUGCGUGCCUGUGCUUGUGUAUGGGAACUGUGCAGGGUUUUGUUUGGUUUCUCUUGCUUUACAAAAAUUGCUUGAGAGUUGCACUCCUAUGAAUAGAAAGGCCUUUUGCAGCCAGUGUAACACACAGAGUCAUCACCUAUCUCUGUUUCUUUCAGCUGAAAGGUGAAACUAAAGCAGUUCUAUUUUCCACUGCAGUUCUGGUGAAACUCUGGUCUUACCCCAGUGAAAGGAAGUGGCUGACUGCAGUGAGAGGGCAGGAGGAAGUUUGGGGAAGGUGCUUCACAAACAGAGAUCAUUGAUGGGCAUUAUACUGGUAAUGUGGAAACCCUACAAUAGCCUUGCUGGGUCUAAGACCAUUUGUAAUGUGUAUGUACAGUGAACCUAACAGCUUCUCACAUUGGUUGUGUGAGAAUAAUUAUCCAGCAAAUGCCAACUAGAAAUUGAAAUGGCAGAGGACGAUAAAACUGAUACCCAUGCCAGGAAAAGCAGGGCAUUAGAGCUUUAACUUCUUGUGGGGCUGCAACAGACCACUGCUCUGUAGAUGCCAAGUCUCUUAUCAGCAGGCAGCAGUGAGAUUGAAGCAGUGACUUGGUGGGUCAAGAGUUAACUUUAGCUAAUGACAAAGCCUGGGAGCCAGAUUUUGUCUUGUGUUGCACCUGUAGAGAUCUUGGGAGAGGCGAGUCGAGUUGGCGAUUUGCCCUCAUGUCAAUGUUGGUGGAAUGUGACUCCUUGCCAGUGACAGUGGAGCUGUUGGCUCAGGCAGGGCUUCUCACAGUCACACAUCCAACAUGCCUCUUGUUUGCAGUUGAGGAGAUGAUUGGUCUUUGCUGGAAUACACAGACUUACAAAGAUAACACAUGCUAACAAUUCUGCACAACUUGCAAGUG